CUUCCGAGUCAAAAACUUUUAAGAUCCUCACUGCGCUCCGCCGGCCCUCCUUCCUCUCUGCCUCCUCACCACCGCGGCCGAUAUCGGAUACGAGCCAGCUGACUCGUCUAUGGCAGUGCCGGCGUUCAUGACGGGCAUAUCCAUAUCUCUAUUUAGUGUCUUCAACGCACUCCUGAUAGGCGCCGGAUGCUUUGCCUUGGGGUUCCUCCUCGCCCAAAGGGAGACCAAGGGCUUCUUCCCGUUUUUGUAUAUUUGGACCAAAGACUUAACGAACAGGAAGAGGGCGGUCGACGAAGCUCCCAACGAUCCGAGGAAUUUGAACAGGGUCACGGUGAAGAAGCCGACCCUCGAGAUUGAAAACCUUGCUGAAAUCAUUGAAGACUUCAAAAUGGUUUUGGUUGUUAGAAAUGACUUGAAGAUGGGAAAAGGCAAGAUUGCUGCCCAGUGCAGCCAUGCAACUCUGGGUUUGUAUAAAAAGCUUCUUGCUAGAGCUCCAAAAGCACUAAGCAGAUGGGAAAAUUGUGGACAAGUUAAGGUGGUGCUGAAGAUUGAAAGUGAGAGUGAUCUUCUUGUGCUACAAGGAAGGGCAAAGUCACUGAAUCUACCAAAUCAUAUAACAAUUGAUGCUGGGAGGACCCAAAUUGCACCAAAUUCAAUGACAGUGAUGGCUAUUCUGGGACCCAGCGACCUGGUUGAUGAUGUUACAGGAAGUCUGAAGCUUUUAUGACAUUUUCUACAAUUGGAUGAAUAAUCUUCGGUUUAUUUUUUUAUGAUUAAGUUUCUUCAACCUGAUCCAACAUGCAUGAUCUGAAAGCUCUAAGUCGUUAGAAGCUUAUUCUCAGUGGUCAUGAUCUGAUCUGAUAGUCUCUGAUCUAGAGAAGUCAAACCUGAAGAUUGUUACCUAUUAAAGAAUAGUAUGCCCUAGAGAACAGUAUGUAAUCGACUCUGAGAACCUUAAAUUCUGUAAUUCAGUGUUACUUAUGUAUUUUUAAACUUCAUGAAUUAUUAGUCCGAUUUUGUUGAAAAGAUUUGCAUGCGCCAAAA